AUGUCUUUCUCCGGUCGGCGUGCCCUUGUGACGGGUGGCAGCAGCGGAAUUGGUGAAGGCGUUUGCCGUGCCCUCGCCGAAGAAGGUGCUCAGGUGAUUGUGGCUAGCACGGGGCUUGAACGCGCCACGGAGGUGGCUCGAUCUCUUCCGGGGAACCAAGGUCACCAGGCUUUUUUCGUUGACGUUUCCAAUGCUGAUUCAGUAGCUGCCCUUUUCGAGAACAUCAGAAAGUCGAGCCCUAUUCCGCUCAGCAUCGUCGUAAACUCUGCCGGCAUUUUCAAGAAGGGAGAUUUGGUCGAUUUCAAGCCCGAAGAGUUCGAUGCUGUGAUCAACGUCAACGUCAGGGGCACUUUUCUGGUGAACCAGGCGGCAGCCCGCGCCAUGGUGGCAAGCGGGGUAAAAGAUGCCGUCAUCGUAAACGUAGCAAGUAUCCUGGGCAAAUCACCGCACCCCAGUGUCUCGGUCUACGUCGCUUCCAAAUUCGCCGUGAUCGGGCUGACCAAGACGAUCGCGCAAGAGCUCGCUCCCAAGGGCAUCCGCUGCAACUGCGUGCUCCCCGGUUUCACCGAGACCCCAAUGACUGCGCCCCUGGCUGGCGAUUACAAGGCAGACCUCCUGGGCAAGACGGCCCUGAAGAGGACCGCUCGGAUCCCCGAAGUGGUCUCCGUCAUCAAGUUUCUCUGCAGCCCGGAGAACUCGUAUAUGAUUGGUGCCGCUGUUGAGGUGGCCGGUGGAAUGUUCCUCUGA